CACGCACACACACACACACAGACACACACCGUUGACAGCUCGAGCGGUGAGCAGCAUCCUACUCGUUCUCUCAUUGCCAUAACAACCAAUGGCACAGUCAGCGUGGUUCAAUAACAUAUCCGUCUCCGUAAUAACCAUUUUGAUUGAACAUAUCUACAAAGAAUUUCGCUUCUUUAAGGGGUGAAAAGUCUUCGCAGAGGACAGUGCCAAACGAAGGUAACAUAUACCCCCAACAAUUUAGCUAGGCUACGCAAAACAGAUUAGCUCAGUAACCUGCAGGUGCAUCCGCCAGGAGAAAACCAGCCUUCUUCAGCGGCGUGUGCCGAUGCGGAACACUUCAGUUUGACAAAGAAAGAAAAGAGAAAUCGAGGGCGGCGGUGACAAAUCGAAAAGGAAAACAAUAAGGAGAAAACUGUCCGACCUCGCUUACUGCGCGUGGCUGUCUGUGUGAGCAGGAAGUGCAACUCGAAGCGUGGGAAAGCGUUAUUUACUCUGGGGGUUUUGUAAUUCAGCUUUUGCGUUUUCCCCGGUUCCAUCAUGGCAAGGGAGAAUGGCGAGUCUGGGACGGGAUCGUGGAAAAAGCAAGUAGACGACAUCAAGAAAAUAUUCGAAUUCAAGGAGAUCCUUGGAACCGGGGCGUUCUCCGAAGUGGUGCUGGCGCAGGAGAAGGCCACGGGGAAGAUGUUCGCCGUAAAGUGCAUCCCCAAGAAGGCCCUGAAGGGCAAGGAGAGCAGCAUAGAGAACGAGAUCGCCGUGCUCCGGAAAAUUAAGCAUGAAAACAUUGUUGCACUGGAGGACAUCUACGAAAGCUCCAAUCAUCUAUACCUGAUUAUGCAACUGGUGUCAGGGGGCGAGCUGUUCGACCGAAUCGUGGAGAAGGGCUUCUACACGGAGAAGGACGCCAGCACGCUCAUCAGACAGGUGCUGGACGCAGUCAACUACCUCCACAAGAUGGGCAUCGUCCACAGAGACCUCAAGCCAGAGAACUUGCUGUACUUCAACCCCCAGGACGAGUCGAAGAUCAUGAUCAGUGAUUUUGGCCUGUCCAAAAUGGAGGGCACUGGUGACGUCAUGUCCACGGCGUGUGGGACGCCGGGAUACGUGGCUCCAGAGGUGCUGGCACAGAAGCCCUACAGCAAGGCCGUGGACUGCUGGUCCAUCGGCGUCAUCGCCUACAUCCUCUUGUGUGGCUACCCGCCCUUCUACGAUGAGAAUGACUCCAAGCUGUUUGAGCAGAUCCUGAAGGCAGACUAUGAGUUUGAUGCACCUUACUGGGAUGACAUAUCUGAUUCAGCAAAGGACUUCAUCAGCAGUCUAAUGGAGAAGGACCCGGCUAAGAGGUACACCUGUGACCAGGCUCUCCGACACCCCUGGAUCGCUGGGGACACUGCUCUUUGCAAGAACAUCCAUGAGUCCGUCAGUCGACAGAUCAGGAAGAACUUCGCCAAAAGCAAGUGGAGGCAAGCCUUCAACGCCACGGCGGUGGUGCGUCACAUGAGGAGACUGCAGCUGAGCAGCAGCAUAGACAGCGCUAACCACCCGAGCCACAACCGCAACCAGAACCAGAACCAGAAUCAGAACCAGAACCAGAACCAGAAUGCGGCGCACAUCAAGAGCUCGUCCAUAGACUCCACCACCGGCCCCGCCACCACCGCCGCCGUCGCCAACCCUGCCACCACCACGCCCCGCAAGGACUGUACACCGACGCCCCCCACGCCCUGCAGCCUGGCGUCGGCGGCCUCCUCUCCCGGGGGCGCCCUGUCGUCCGUGGGGGCGGUCCUGCCCCCCGUGGGGGCGGAGCAGCACCGGCCACGCCCCUCCACCAUCACCACGGUGCACACGGGGACCAAGUGACGCCAGGUUCCGCGGGGAGCGAGCUGGGAGGCCACGGCACUGUGAGGGGGGGGGGAGACCACACCCCGGUCCCAC